CUGACGGCAGACGCUGAUGAGGGUAUUGACCUGUCAUCGCAAUAUCAUUUGAUUCCUCAAUAAAUAGAGUGACUCCUCUGGCCUGAUGAUGGCUGUUGCUGUUGUCUCACUUUUCUCUUCUCUUGUUGGUUCCUCCACUCCAAUUCUCUCUAAAUUAAACUCCUCUCCGAUUCUUCGCUUCUCUCUUGCUUCCCCUGUCAGUUCUCGUCGACGAUUGCGCAUGGCCCAUACCGUUACUCGGGCCACUCUCGGCCUCACUAAGCCUGUUCAUGCCGAGGUCCCCAAGAUUAGUUUCGCUGCGAAAGAUGUCGAUUUGGUGGAAUGGAAGGGAGACGUUCUUGCCGUCGGUGUCACAGAGAAAGACAUGGCCAAAGACGAGAACUCCAAGUUUGAGAACUCGAUUAUGAGAAAGCUGGAUACCCAUUUGGGUGGUCUUUUGGCUGAAGUAUCAGCGGAGGAGGAUUUCACUGGGAAGGCUGGGCAGUCCACCCUUCUCAGGCUUUCCGGUCUGGGAUCUAAGAGGAUCGGUUUGAUUGGGCUCGGCCAGUGCGCGCCAUCUUCGGCUGCUAGUGUUUACAAGAGCCUUGGUGAGGCCGUUGCUGCUGCUGCGAAAACUGCCCAAGCAAGUAAUGUGGCCAUUACUCUUGCAUCCUCUGAGGGGCUUUCUGUCGAUUCAAAGCUUCUCACUGCUUCGGCCAUAGCUUCUGGAACUGUGCUGGGAAUUUUCGAAGAUAAUAGAUUUAAGUCAGAGUCGAAGAAGCCUUUACUAAACUCGGUCGAUAUUAUUGGUCUUGGAUCUGCUCCCGAAUUAGAGAAGAAGCUCAAGUAUGCUGGUGAUGUUUGUUCUGGGGUAAUUUUUGGAAGAGAGCUCGUUAAUGCACCCGCAAAUGUACUUACCCCGGGUGUACUAGCUGAAGAGGCCUCCAAAAUUGCUUCCAUGUACAGUGAUGUUCUUACUGCAAAUAUAUUGGAUGUGGAAAAGUGCAAAGAGUUAAAAAUGGGUUCAUAUUUGGGUGUUGCUGCUGCUUCCGCAAAUCCUCCUCAUUUUAUCCAUUUAUGUUACAAACCUCCAACUGGGCCUGUCAAGGCCAAGUUGGGUCUAGUUGGAAAGGGUUUAACUUUUGACAGUGGUGGCUAUAACAUCAAGACGGGACCAGGCUGUUCAAUCGAGCUCAUGAAAUUUGACAUGGGAGGUUCAGCAGCAGUUCUAGGUGCAGCAAAAGCCCUUGGUCAAAUCAAACCUCCAGGAGUAGAGGUACAUUUCAUUGUUGCGGCUUGUGAGAACAUGAUAAGUGGUACAGGAAUGAGACCUGGUGACAUCCUUACAGCUUCAAAUGGGAAAACAAUCGAGGUAAAACUUUUUUGUGUCCCACCGAAGAAUUUAAUAUGGGGCUGUUGACUUUUGAGAGGACUCUAUAAUAGUUGGU